AUGCAUUAUUCUCGUCUUGUUGGUCUUGUAGCUGCGGCUAGCCUGACAGGAGCACUCCUGCUUCAGGUUGAUCCCGACAGCCCAGGUCAUGAAAUUAGUCCUUUGCUUCAUGGACUCAUGUUCGAGGACAUCAGCAACAGCGGCGACGGAGGUAAGUACUUAUUCUUCACCGUUUACACGCCGAAGCUUCGGCUACGCAACAAUGCCUUCCAGGGCAAGGUGACUACGCUCGAUCCCUGGACUGUCCACUAUGGCUCGGCGAGUAUAUCUCAUGACGCAGACACCCCAUUGACCAGCGCCAUCACUUCCUCUCUGAAGAUCACUGUCCCUCCUGGAUCUGGUGGCUUCACUGGCGUCGCGAACCCUGGGUACCGCGGUAUCAUCGUCGAUGGCGGCUACUAUAAUAGCACCUUCUGGCUUCGUGGCGACUUCCAAGGCGAUGUCAAGAUCCGACUCCUGGGUAAUGAAACUGAUGUUGAAUACGGCUGGGCCAUCAUCCCUGUGGACUCUGGACCACAGCCGCCCCCGAUGAUCUUAGCCGAGACUCUGACCAGCGGAUCCAUCAACCUUGGUUACCCCACUUUGUUCCCUCCCACUUUCAAGGGAAGGCAGAAUGGCUUGACUGUGGAUCUGUCGGAAGCCCUUGUCGAUCUCAGCCCCCAGUUCCUCAGGUUCCCUGGUGGCAACAAUCUAGAGGGAGGCGGCCCGGACGACCGAUGGAAGUGGAACGAGACACUCGGUGCUCUGGAAUCCAGGCCAGGUCGUUGGGGUACUUGGGGAUAUGUCAACACUGACGGUCUUGGCCUUAUGGAGUACUUCCACUGGUGCGAAGACAUGUCUAUGGAGCCCAUCCUGGAUGUUUGGGCUGGUCUUGGACUUGCAGGUCUCCCGCCAUUGGUGGGAGCAGACCUGGAACCAUAUGUUGAGGACGCGAUUCGCGAGAUAGAAUUCGUCAUCGGCGACAUCAACACUUCUGGAGGCGCGCUCCGCGCUUCUCUUGGGCAUCCGGAGCCUUACCAACUGAAAUUCGUCGAGAUUGGAAAUGAAGACAACCUCGCCGGUGGCUGUGAGUCUUACAAGCAACGAUUCGUGCAAUUCUUCGACGCCAUCAAGGAGGCGUACCCGCAACUCACCAUCCUCACAUCCACGUCCGACCGCAACUGCCUGCCUGACCCGAUCCCCGAGGGCGCAUGGCUCGACUUCCACGACUACAACGUCCCGGAGAACUACAUCAAUGCAUUCGACUUUUAUGACGACUGGGACCGCGCUCAUCCCGUUUUCAUCGGCGAGUACGCCAGGUGGGGCGUCAAGUGGUCCGACAUGCGAGGUGCCUGCUCUGAGGCGGUCUACAUGAUGGGCUGGGAGCGCAACGCGGAUGUGAUCAAGUUGGCCGCCUAUGCGCCCACGCUGCAAAACUACGACCCCGUCAACGGCCAAUGGACUCCUAACCUCAUCCCAUUUACCAACAAGCCUGAUGGCAUCGUCUACACGCCAUCGUACCAUGUUAAGAAGAUGUUCGCCACUAAUCAUGGCGAAGUUGUUGUCCCCGUCAAAGCUGACGUCGAGGUCAAUCCAGUUUGGUGGGCUGCGAGCAAGAAGGCAGAUGGACAAGUCAUUGUCAAGCUUGCCAACUAUGCUGCAAACUCGACUGAGAUUCGCAUUCAGAUCCCUGGUAAGGCGAGCUUGGAGGCUUCUUUCACUUCCAUCACUGCCGGCCCAGAUGACGCCAACUCCGUCGAAAACCCUCAUGUCAUUGCUCCACCCGCUAUACUCAAUAUCUCUGGAGAUGGCGAUGGAGGUUUCACUGUUGAACUGGGUCAGUUUGGUGUUGGAGUUUUGGUGGUAUAG